AUGUUUGGCCAAAGCUUUAGACAGCUUUGUACUGUGGCAGCUAGAAGCGUGAGCCGACCCAAUGUGGUUCGUAUGGAGAUUGGACUGUUCAGAACGACUUGGAAGUCGCAACUCUCGAUAACGCCACGGCCUUGGAUCCCAACGUUGCCGUGGGAUGGUGCGUUGCAGCAACCGGAAGGGCCGGGUGAAGUAAAGAUGGAAUUGGAUUCGGUGAUGAGGAAACGCAAGAAGAAGAUGAAGAAGCAUAAACUCAGAAAGAGAAGAAAGAGGGAGAAGGCGGAAAAGAGGAAGUUGUCUCAAGGUAGAUAG